UUGGCUACAAAAUGAUCUAUAAUCUAUUCUAAACUGUAAUGGUCAAAUGAUCUGGUGAAUGCACUACAGCUUUUGAGACAUAUAUGAAUCAAUGAAGGGAAUGUUUUUUUAAAAAAGAAUCAACUGAAAUGCGUUAUCUUACAACUUACCUGAUCUUUUUGGUUACCUUCUCUGCUCCAUGGUUUCUUGAUCUGCAAGCAUUACCGACCACCGAGAACUUGAAUGUAAGAUAUGAAAAAGGGUUCACUAGGAUUGGUGUCAUUCUUGAUCAAACGUCUAGGCCUGGGAAAGAGGCCAAAGUGGCCAUUGAAAUAGCAAUUGAACAUUUUAACAAUGAAACUGAUCACCCUUUUGUGUUAUAUCUUCAAAACUCGAGAGGCAAACCAAUACAUGCAGCUAUUGCAGCUAAAGAACUUGUUGACGAACACAACGUGAAAGCCAUUUUGGGAGCUCAUACAUGGGAAGAAGCAUCUGCAAUAGCCGAGGUUAUCAGCGAAUCUGAUAUCGAAACCCCAGUUUUUCUUUCUUUAACUGGCACCACUCCCAUGCAAGCAACAAAUCAAUGGCCAUUUUUCCUUGAAUCCGUACCUACACAAUCCGCACAGAUGAAUGCAGUGGCUGCAAUUUUACACUCCUGGAGCAUAAGCCAAGUUACUCUCAUAUACGAAAGCUCACAUCUAGCCUCCGGUUCAGCAGCAAUCAUCUCUUAUCUCUCUCAAGCAUUACGGCAAACAGGGGGUACACUAACCUACAUCUUACCACUCACAUUCGGUUCACAUUCUGUAAGUGCAGAGCUUCAGAUACUCAAGAGACAACAACGUAAAGUCUUCGUAAUUCAUACAUCUCUGGAACUGGCGGUUAGCUUGUUUCAGACAGGUAACAAGAUGGAAAUGAAUGGAGACGGUUAUCUAUGGAUUGCAACUAAUGCAAUCACAGAUCUUUUUCAUUCCAUUAGUUCCGCCGAGAUUUCUUCUUUGAAAGGUAUGAUUGGAGUCAAAAGCUACUUUCCUGAAAACAAACAGGAAUUCCUUGAUUUCAAAAAAAGAUUCCGCCAAAAGUUCCGGCAUGAUUACCCAGAAGUUGAUCAAGACGAACCAGGAAUCUUUGCCGUGCAAGGAUAUAACACCAUGAGAUUGUUAAAACAAAAUUCAUGUGAAAACUUCGAUCACGUGACACCAAUUCUGGAAACUACAGUGGAGAUUGUGCACGUGAUAGGAAAGGGGUGUCACAGUGUGUACUGGACAGAAGGAUUAGGGUUCUCAGAGACUGUUAAUGAUGACACUAAUGGAGCAACUGCUUAUAGUCAUUCAAUGGAUGACCUGAAACAAGUUUUGUUUCCUAUGCAACCGUGGUAUGCUAAUAGACGACACAGGAAUCUUGCUGAAAGUUCAGGGAAUCGGAUGAGGGUCGGUGUUCCGGGUCAAUCCUUGUUUAAGCAAUUUGUGAAUGUUGAUUUUGAUAACAAGAAGAAUCGGACAGUGUUUAAUGGAUUUGUGAUCGCUGUGUUUGAUGAAAUGAUGAGAGAGUUGAAGUUGCCAUAUGAUUACUUUUCAUUUAAUGGUUCUUAUGAUGAGUUGAUGAGACAAAUUCCUGCAGAGAGAUUUGAUGCGAUAGCUGGCGAUGUAACGAUCAUGUCAAGCCGGCAUGAGUAUGUGGAUUUCACUCAGCCGUACACGGAGUCAGGUUUGGAGAUGAUCGUACCUGUUAAAUCCAGAUUAUCAAACCAGCCGUGGUUGUUUAUGAAGCCUUUUACUGCAAAAAUGUGGUGGUUCAUAGCAGCAGUCACUCUUUAUAAUGGCUACAUCAUUUGGUUAAUCGAAAGGACUCAUUGCGACUACCUUCGUGGCUCAAUCAUAGAACAAAUUGGAAUCAUCAUUUGGCUUGCGUUUGCGACCCUCUUCACUUUGCGAGGAGACAAGUUACAUAGCAAUUUGUCAAGAAUGGUAGUUGUUGUGUGGCUCUUUGUGGCACUAAUCAUCACACAAAGCUACACGGCUAGCUUUGCAAGCAUGCUCACGGCUCAAAGGUUGGAACCAACAAUAACCAGCGUUGAAGUGCUUAGAAACAUGAAUGUGACUGUGGGAUACUGCAACGGUUCACUUGUGAAUCACUACUUGAAAGAUGUUUUGGGCUUUAAGAGCUUCAAGGUCAAGAGCUAUAACUCGACUCAUAGAUAUGCUGAGGCCCUUAAUAGUGGUGAAAUCUCCGCCAUCUUUCUUGAAGUUCCGGCAGCUAAAGUCUUUCUAGCUCAAUACUGCAAGAGCUUCAUUAGAACCGGAGAGACCUUCAAAGUUGGAGGUUUCGGAUUUGCAUUUCCUAGGAGAUAUUCGUGGCUUUCCGAGGCAAACAAAGCUUUAAUGAAUAUAUCAGAACGUGGGAAGCUUAAAGAACUUGAGGAUGCUUAUCUAGUAUCUGAGAAGUGUGUUGAUGACGAAUCUUCUCCAAACGAAGAUGAUAGUCUUAGUCCUCGCAGCUUCUCAAUACUAUUUGUGCUAACCGCAGGGACAUCAACGGUCGCUCUUUUCAUCUACAUCAUCAUGAGCUUUACAGAAUUUAAAAAAUCUAACCCAGAACACGCGAAUCUCUUUGAAUUUAUCAGAGACCAUAUGAGACGGUCAUCUAGUGUUGUUGUCCAUGCAGAUAGCCCGACACACCCUUCUUCUGAUGUGUCCGAUCCAUGAACUUGAGCUGACAUCAAUCAUCCGUAAUUACAAGAAAGCUCCUGACAGCAUAUUAUCAUGUUAGGAUCUGAUAGCAGAUAUGAUCACUUGUUCAAGUUCCAUUUCUUCAAGUAAGAUUGAAACAUCAAAAAAUAUUUAAUUUUCUUUUAUUUACAUGUACACCCGAUGAAUGUAACCCGGUGUCCCCAGGGACAUCCCGGUGGUUAACUGGUAUACUUCGACAACCAAAAGGUUGGGAGUUAUUUGAAUGUAAUACAUGUGGUACACAUUUAAACUUAUUUUAAUUGAAACUGUUUACUUGUAAGAGCAA